UUUAGUGCUGAAGAUUCAGGAAGCUUUAAGACAAGCUGUUUGACAGAGAUUAUCUCUUUCUUCUUAUAAACUAGAUGUUCUUGCAACAGCUUUUAUUAAUAACACAGCAACUAUCAUUUGAGACCAAAACAGGAUCAUAACAAUGAAGCUGGAGAUACCUGAAACUUUUGAAGAUGUAGCAGUUGACUUUUCAAGUGAAGAGUGGAAAAUGCUAAAAAAAGAGGAGAAAACACUACACCGGGAGGUGAUGGUACAGAACUAUCAUCACAUGGUGUCAUUAGGAUAUAACAUCCCACUAGAACAGCUGUUGCUGCUAAUUGAAAAACCUGGUGAACUUCCAUUUAAUGUUAAUGAGGAAGUGAAAAAGCUUCAAGUCAAGCCUGCUGAAGUCAAUGUCAGCACCCCAUGUCUUCCAAAUUGCACUGAGAUUCAGAGGCAACAGUCAUCAGUUCUGAACCAUCUGAAUUCCAAGCGUGACAGGGAGUUUAGCAAUAAAGAACAAGCACACAGUGAAGAGAAACCAUACAAAUGUGCCGUCUGUGACAGAAGUUUUUUAUUUAAAUCUGCCAUUAAAAUACAUCAGAGUACACACAGAGAAGAGAAACUCUACAAAUGUUUUACAUGUAACAAGGGCUUUGCACAGAAGCGGACCCUUUCAGCACACAUAAAGAUACACACCGGGGAGAAGCCGCAUAAAUGUGCCAUAUGUGACAAGACUUUCACACAAAAGAGUAAACUCACAGUACAUGAAAAAAUACAUGCUACAGAGAAACCAUAUAGAUGUUCCACAUGUGACAAGAGUUUUAUAAGGAAGGAUUACCUUUCAGUGCAUGAGAAAUCACACACUGGUGAGAAGCCUUUUAAAUGUACAGUUUGUAACAAGAGUUUUACACAGAAUGCUGGCCUUUCGGUGCAUAAAAAAAUACAUACUGGAGAGAAGCCAUAUAAAUGCUCCAUAUGUGAUAAGAGUUUUAUGAGGAAGGAUUAUUUUGUAGCACAUGAGCGAAUACACACUGGAGUGAAACCAUAUAACUGUAUCACGUGUGGUAAAUGUUUUAUAUGGAAAAGUCACCUUUCAAAACACGAGAAAAUACACACUGGAGAGAGGCCAUAUAAAUGUGCCUUGUGUGAAAAGAGUUUUACACAGAAGAUCACACUUUUAACACAUGAAAAAGUUCACACUGGAGAAAAGCCAUAUAAAUGUGUCAUGUGUGAGAAAAGUUAUAUAUUGAAAGUUCAGCUUUCGGCUCAUGAGAAAAUACAUACUGGAGAGAAGCCAUAUAAAUGUUUCACUUGUGGUAAGAGUUUCACACUGAAGAGUACCCUUUCAACACAUCAAAAAAUACAUAGUGGAAAGAAGCCUUAUCGUUGUUCUAUAUGUAACAAAAGUUUUACACUGAAGACUCACCUUUCAACACACGAGAAAAUACAUGCUAGAAAGAAUUUAUACAAAUGUGACACAUGUGAUAAGAGUUUUUCACUGAAGACACACCUUUCAACACAUGAAAAAAUGCAUGCUAGAAAGAAGACAUACAAAUGUGCCACAUGUGAUAAGAGUUUUACAAAAAAGACUACCUUGUCAAAACAUGAGAAAGCACAUAACAGAGAAAGUGUGCAUAUUCGCCAUUCUUUCCUUUCCAUUUACCUUGAGAACCAAUGUCUUGAGCUUUUGAUCCAAGGUACCAUGGCAGAAUCCACUUACCCCAAGGUACUGCUGCCACUUAAGAAGAAGAAGGCCAAGAAGUCUCAGCCUGAGUCUGCUGCUGUCCAGCUUCCACUAGACAUCUCUCUUGAGGUUCCAGAAGGCUUUGAAGAUGUUUCUGUUGACUUUUCAAGAGACGAGUGGAAGAUGCUCAGUCAAGAGGAGAAACAGCUACACCGGGAGGUGAUGGUACAGAACUAUGAUCUCAUGGUGUCAUUAGGGUAUGACAUCCCAGUGGAACAGCUUUUGAUGCUAAUUGAAAAAAACUGUGAACUUCGAAGUGAUGUUACCAGAGAAGAUAUGACUAAGGUUCAAAUGGAUCUUCCCAAAGACAUCCAGACUAUCAGCAGGUAUCUGAAUCACAUUCAGCUUUCGACUCAGCAGUCAUCAUUCCAGAAUGAUCAGAAUUCUGAAUUUGAAGAGGACCUUCUUGACACAAUGCAAGCAUAUAUUGAAGAGAAGCAACAUAUAUGUUCCAUGUGUGAUAAGACAUUUACAAGGAUUGCUCACCUUUUGGCACAUGAAAAAAUACAUACUGGUGAUAAGCCAUUUAAGUGUGCCACAUGUGACAAGAGUUUUACACAGAAGAGUACACUUUCAACGCAUGAAAAACUACAUACCAGAGAGACACAGCAUAAAUGUAACAUUUGUGGCAAGACAUUUACAAGACAUGCUCACCUAUUAGCACAUGAAAAAAUACAUACUGGAGAGAAGCCCUUCCAGUGUGCCAUAUGCGACAAAAGUUUUACGCAGAAGAGUACACUUUCAACACAUGAAAAAAUACAUACCGGAGAGAAGCCAUAUAAAUGUGGCACAUGUGGCAAGAGAUUUACAUUGAAGAACACUCUUUUAAUUCAUGAGAAAGUGCACACUGGAGAGAGGCCAUUUAAGUGUAAUACGUGUAACAGGCAGUUUACACAGAAGAGUACCCUUACAGCGCAUGAAAAAAUACACACUGGAGAGAAGUCACAUAACUGUGCCACAUGUAACAGAAAUUUCAGAAGGAAGACUGCCCUUUUGACACACAGCAAAUUACACACAGGAGAUAGGCCGUAUAAAUGUUCAGUGUGCGACAAGAGUUUUGUAAACAAGAAUGCUCUCUCAACUCAUGAGAAAAUACAUACUGGAGAGAAGCCGUAUGUAUGUGCCACAUGUUACAAGUGUUUUACACAAAAGGGCACCCUUUCAACCCAUGAGAAAAUACACACUGGAGAGAAGUCAUUUAAAUGUACAACAUGCAAGAAGGGUUUUAAACUGAGGACUACUCUUUCAACACAUGUGAAAAUACACAGUUCAGAGAAGGCAUAUAAAUGUGCCACAUGCGAAAAGUGUUUUACAUACAAGAGUUCCCUUUCCUCGCAUGAGAGAAUACAUACUGGUGAGAAGCCAUAUAAAUGUGCUACAUGCAAUAAAAGUUUUACACAGAGGGCUACCCUUUCAACGCAUGAGAAAACACAUACUGGAGUGAAGCCACAUAUAUGUGCUACAUGUGGCAAGUGUUUCUCAUGUAAGAGUUCUCUUGCAGCUCAUGUAAGAAUUCAUACAGGAGAAAAGCCAUACAAGUGUGCCACAUGCGGCAAGAGCUUUACAUUAAGGAGUACACUAUCACUGCAUGAGAGAAUACACACUGGAGACAGGCGAUAUAAAUGUGGUAUAUGUGGAAAACGUUUUAUACAGAAGACUGCUCUUUUAACACAUGACAAAAUACACACUGGGGUGAAACCAUAUAAGUGUGUCACAUGCAACAAGUGUUUUACACAGAAGGUUACCCUUUUGGUGCACGAGAAAAUACACACUAGGUGAUGUAAUUUGAAUAAGUCACAUGGGACAAGAGUUUCUGAUCGAGUACUCUCUGGAAAUAUGAGGCAGUACACACCAGAGAGAAUAAAUGCUUAGCAAAAAAGAACGUAAUCUAAGGAAAGAGUUGAUAAAUGUAAUGCGUUUGAAGUAUUAUAUCAAUAUACAUGAGAGAAAGUAGGUACAAAAAGUAUAUAUAACAGAGAUUGAAGGUUAUUAAAACUGAUAAAUAUGGCUGCUGGAAUUAAGAGACAUUCAAAUAAUAAAUUGGAGAUUAACAUUAAACUGUAAUGUACAACUAAAUUAAAGCACUAUCCCAGCUACAUAAUGUAUUAAG